CAAAACUAAACACUCUUCAACACAUAGCGUCUUGUCUGCAAAAAAAAUCGGAGACGCAAAACCAACUUGCCGCCGAAUCUUCCUUAAACCCUCAACGCUGCUCUUCGCCGCCGUUGAGACGAUCACAGUGAUCGAAUCUUCCUUUUCAACUUUCUCGUCUUUUGAUCAAACGAGUUUGGUUGAGUUUUUGAUAAACGUGAUUAAGCGAUUAAUUUCGCGUUUUAACAACAAUCUAGAUUGUCCUUUGGAGAUUGAACAAAUUUAGGGUUUUUGGGGAUAAUCUAAGUGUUUAUGAUUUGAAACUUUGUGUGUUUUGAGAUUGUUUUGGGCAAUGUUGGAUUUUCGAGACGGUUUGGUGGCGGCAGAGUUAGUGAGUGUUGGGGUUUAGGAAGUAGUAGUAGUUAUUAGGGUUUGGAAUUGGGUUAUGUUUAGGGUUUUACUAGUUUAGAAGAUGGGAGAGGAUUAUGAGCUUGAAGAAGGAGAGAUGAAUUGUUCUUCUGAUGAAGCUGUUGUUGAUCUUGACGUUGAUCUCUCUUACAUUGACAAGAAGGUACAGAAUGUACUUGGCCACUUGCAAAAAGGUUUCGGAGAGGAAGCCCGGGACCGGUUUGGUCCGGAGAUCUUUGACUAUGGAUCAUUUUUGCCCACUUACAAACGUUUGCCGGCUGUACCAUCAUGUCAAAGGAGUUCUCUAGGGAAUCAUGCUGUACAAAGAAUUUCCAACAGUUUACCCGGGAAGAAUGUGGUUCAGAAGUUUCAGUCACCCCCUGCUACAUCUUGUAAACUAGUAAGAAAUCAGGAUCCUCAGAACUAUCAAACUUCAGGAUCUCUUUUGGCUCAAGCUCCAGGAAAAGUUCCCAUAAAUAAAGGAAAUGCAAGAACACCAGCCAAUGAUUUGCCUCAUAAUAAGCCGAUCAGAGUUCGGAUCAAAAUGGGUUCUGAAAUCUUGUCCCAAAGUGUCGCGAUGGUUUGCAAGGAUCUUGGUCUCGAUGGUUCUCCAAAUUCACCACCCCGAAUCAGCCAGGAUGAUAGUAGCAGAAUGCUACCGCAUACAUCUCUAGGGAAGACAAGUGAAUCUCCUUCCCGCAUUCUUCAGGAAAUGACUGCCAUUUCUGUUCCAGAGGAUCUACUGAUGUCGCCUCUUCCUGAUAGUCUGCUCCUAGUGAAGGAUAAGAAGAAGCAAUAUACUUUAUUAGACAAUCAACCUAUGAUUAAGACAGGAAAGAAAUCUUCUAUUCAGAUACAGAACAAGUUCUCGGAUGUUUUAUGUUGUGAGAAAACUCCAAUUGGAAGGAGAAGGAAAGAGGUAGACUGUUUUCAUGCCACCACUUGGAAUGAGACGAAGAAGCAUAAAGUUUUAUCCACUGGUCAGCUAGCCAGGGAUAACUCAGCUUGUGGUUUAGGUGGGGCAAGUCUUACUACUGAUGGGUUUACAACAAAAAGUAACUUGCAGGAAGGUUGUAGAAAAGAUGGUGAAAGUGAUCCCAGAGUCGCAAAUAAAAUAAAGUUUGUUGGGUUGCAUGCUGUGAAAGAGAAAAAAACAUGUCCGACAAAGUUGCAACAGAACCGUAGCAAAUAUCGUAUUGGUGAUAAAGUUUUAUCAAAGAUGCCUUUGAAGGAUGCCGCAUAUAUAGGUCACAAUAGCAUGGACACUGGGUUUGAUUUUGCGGUUGCACCUUCUUCCACCAGUGUUGACCUAGAUUAUUGGGCCCAAUGUGAGAGUUGUGAGAAAUGGCGGCUACUGCCCUAUGACCUGAAUACUGAGAAGCUGCCUGAUAAGUGGUUGUGUAGCAUGCAAACCUGGCUGCCUGGAAUGAACCACUGUGGCGUCAGCGAGGAAGAGACUACAAACGCAAUUAAAUCCUUUCAUGCUAGUGAGGGUCAUGGUCCUGACACUGGUGUUAAACUCCUCUCUGAUGUUCGUAAUGCUGAUAAAAUCUACCAACCUUUAACUUCUGGUUCAUUGCCUAAUCCAAUUGAAAAGAAGUCUAACGUAGAAGACUUAUCGCAAGGAGUUUCAAGCAACAUCCUUGUUGAUGCUGCAAAGCCUAUGAGAAGUAACCCACAUAUUUUCAAGAAUAAAAACAUGAAGCUGCCAGGAGAAACACCUACUGCUACUCAGAUAUCUGCAGACCUUUCGCACGAUUUUUUUCAGGAUAAGAUUGACCAGAAAGCAAAGAGGAGAGCAGCAGGUGCUGGUUGUCAGAUAAAGGUCAAGAAGAAAAAGGAGGCUGACAAAGAAGAAAGUGAUGGUUCCAAGCAUAUCAAGACUGGUGAUGGUAACAAACUUGCCAGAGUUAUUAAAGCAGAAGAAAUACAUUGGAAUCAAGAUCCUAAAUGGACUCCAGCAGAGAGAAAAAGAAAACGUCAUGACAAUGAUUUUUGCACUUUGAAUGUAGAGCGAGACCCAAAGAAAAGAUUACUCGUAUCUAAAAAGAAACCUGACCACAAACCUCAACUGAUAACUGCUAGUGGUUCCUUGUGUACAAAAGCCCAGGGAAAUAUCAAUAGUACUGUGAGGAAAAUAAGGUUGAUGGGUUACAAGCAGGGUAAGGAUGGGAAAAAUUCAAAAUUGUUUGCAGAUGGUGAGGAAAACGAGCCCUCAAUGGAAAAGGCGGUAACAACUAAGAUUUCAGUCCAUGAAUCUAAAGCAAACCAAAGAAAUGAAUUGUUUCAGGCUGAUUGCUUUCAAGAACACCUGAAUGGUGAUGCCUCAUGUAGAUAUUUCUCUGGUGGAAGUGGGCAGAUUUCUGGGAUAGAAACAUCAAACUCGUCGAAGGUUUUAGGAUCACAUAAAAGUGGACGAAUGUAUGUGGAAGAAGUAAAAGCAUCCCCUGUGGAAUCAGUUUCCUCUUCCCCUGCAAGGUCUUCAUGCCCCACGAAUGAUAUACUUCAAGAGGCUGAAAAGCUGAGAAAGCUUGCUGACUGUUUCAAGAGCUCUGGAUUUGAAUAUGAAUACAAGGAGAUCAACUUUAAAGCGGCUCUGAGGUUUCUCCUUGGAGCUUCAGUUUUAGAAAUGUGCAGUACAGAUAAUGUGGAAGUGGGGAAGAUGAGCCAUAUUGAGGCUUACCAUACUGCUGCAAAACUUUCAGAAAGUUGUGCCCAUCAAUAUGAAACAAGCCAAGAAAUGGCUGCAGCUACUUUGGCUUAUAAAUGCACAGAAGUGGCUUGCAUGAGAUUAGUGUAUGGCAGAAGUCUAGGUCUGAGUGGAGAAUGGAAUGAAUUGCAAAAAAUGGUACAGAUGACUCCUCAAGGUGAAUCACCGUCAUCAUCUGCAUCUGAUGUCGAUAGUUUCAAUCAUCAAGGGGUGAUUAAGAAGUCUGCUAAAACCAGAAGAGGUCUUUCCCAUGUUGCCGGAAACCUUCUCCCUGUUGCUAGAAGCCAACUAAAUUUUGUUCCGCUAUUGGACUUUACAGGGAGCAUGAAUCUGGCAAUGGAGGCCUCAGCAAAAUCCCAAAAUGCUUUUAAAGCCGUCACUGACACCUCAGAAGAAAGAAAGCAUGGAGACUGUAUCUCUGCUAUCAAAAAAGUUGUCGAUUUUAGUUUCCAUGAUGUUGAAGCGCUUAUAAAGAUGAUUGAGGUUGCCAUGGAUGCUCUAAGUUCAUCAAGAUUCGGUGGCCCAAAGUGUUGACUCUAUUUUGUAUAUAGACCCUGGUCCUAUAAAGAAUAGAAUAGUGUUUCAUGAACUUCCAUAGAAAAAUCUUAGUAAGUAGCAUAGAUUAGGAAAGGAAGACUUGGAGAGAGGACACUAGAUAAGGUCUAAGUUUGCUAUUUGCAGUAACUCUCAGGGUCCUGUUUCAGGUCUUUCUUCUUUUUGGUGUCUGGGUAUUCAAUAUUAACUAAAGCAUAUUUAUAGAAGAGUAGGAGGAUUCUUAGAUAUAGUCAUUUAAAAGAUCGGUUAGUGAUAAGAUUUCUGACAAGACACUGCUCUAAUCCUGUUUCAGUUCUGUUCAAAGUAUUUUGGAAUUGAAACAUAUACUUUCUU